CAGCUCGAGCGAACGCUUGGCUGGCUGGCUGGCUGACUGGCUGGUCAAUUGGAGCAGAACGCCUGGAAGUAGGCAAAAUCCUUCUUUUCCCCCCUUACAUUAUACACACAGACGCUCUAGCAAAACAAAAAGAAAAAAAAAGAAAGAAAAGAGCCAGAAAGCCAAACGAAAAGCGUCGUGUAUAUCGGCAGGUAAAACGAAAUGUCGGCGCACAGACGUUAGCCCGUGAAUGUGAUGGACUGUUUCAAUUGUGUUCCGUUUGCAACGAUGCAAAUCCAGAGCAACAUACAGAGCGUCAACUCGAUCUUCGGCUGCAACUCGUCCGGCCACAGCGGCAUCAACCAGCUCGGCGGUGUGUACGUGAAUGGGCGCCCGCUGCCCGACUCGACCCGCCAGAAGAUUGUCGAGCUGGCCCACUCGGGCGCCCGGCCCUGCGACAUCUCCCGCAUCCUGCAGGUGUCGAACGGGUGCGUCAGCAAGAUACUGGGCCGGUACUACGAGACCGGCUCGAUCAAACCGCGCGCCAUCGGGGGCAGCAAGCCGCGGGUCGCGACGGCCGCGGUCGUUUCGAAGAUUGCCGAGUACAAGGCGGAGUGUCCGAGCAUCUUCGCCUGGGAGAUACGGGACCGUCUGCUGUCCGAGGGCACGUGCAACAACGACAACAUACCGAGUGUGUCGUCCAUUAACCGUGUGCUGCGAAAUCUGGCCUCCAACAAGGAAACGUCCUCGCAGAGCAAUGAGACGGUGUACGAGAAGAUCAAGCUGUUCAACAACACCAGCGGCCACUGGACCUGGUGCCAGAACAUUGGCAGCGGCCAGUUCAACUUCUCCUCCCAUCCCAUACCGCAUCUGUCGCUGAAAACCUCCACCGAGCAGCCCACGAAGCCGGGUAAGUCGGAUUGGACCGCGUAUGCAAGCGGUUGUCCACUGAUCUUUUUCCUUUCUUCUUCUGUCGGAUCGGUGCCCACAGCGAACUGCUGCCUGGAGGAGAUGAGCGACAAGUACUCGUCCGAGGACGACGAAGAUUCCGAGCUGCGGCUGAAGCUGAAGCGCAAGCUGCAACGCAACCGCACCUCGUUCACGAACGAGCAGAUCGAAAACCUGGAACGAGAAUUCGAGCGCACCCACUAUCCGGACGUGUUUGCCCGCGAGCGACUGUCGGAGCGGAUCCAGCUGCCGGAAGCGCGCAUACAGGUAAUGUUACUGUGCCCGGCUGCACGGUGGCUCAGAGGUAACAGAGGUAAUAUGGCAAUCCUUUUCUUGUUUGAGUACCGAUUGAUAAACCGAUAGCGACAAAAGCAGAUAAUGUUGGGAGUUAAGAAACAGGUAUUAAAGCUUUCGAUUUGGAAGCUGUUUCGGUAAGUUAGAUGGGCAGUUUACAGCAACUGGGAAGCAUCCCGAUACGUCCACAAGGAAAAGAAAGGUCCCGGAAUCAAUCGAAGUCGCGAAGUAAACCUCAUCGAAGUUUCAUCUGCAAAAGAGCUGCGAGGUACUACAAAAGCUGGUAAUUGAAUGGAUAAAUAUUAUUUUUCAGCAUCUGGGCAUCAAGAUCCAUCAAGGCGAGAAGAGCACCAUUAUUGUACUACGCCUCAUCUGAGAACUUGUUAUGGGUAAAGUUAAAAUUUCAUUGACAAAUGUUGAAAUAAAAACAAUCCUUCCAAUCAAGA